AUGCAGGCCCAAGCAAGGGCAGUUUUUGCCCACUUCAUGGUCUCUAACACUCUCCAUUACACAGUUGGCGACUGGGAAAAUGAAAUGGCAUUGGCUCACGAAGCCAAAAUUGAUGCCUUUGCUCUCAACAUGGCUGCUGGAGAGACUACAAAUGGGGGCUCAGUUGGCAACGCAUUUCUUGCAGCCGAGAACUAUGGGUUCCAGCUCUUUUUCUCAUUUGAUUAUGCCGGAAAUGGCCCUUGGGCUGAAAGUGAUGUUAUCAGUAUGAUCACGACCUACGCCAGCGAGCUCGUUUAUUUCCACCGCAAUGGCCAACCCCUGGUCAGCACCUUUGAGGGACCAGGAAAUGCUGCCGACUGGAUCAACAUUAAGAAGCAAACCGGGUGUUUCUUUAUUCCGGACUGGUCCUCUGUUGGCGCUCAAGCUGCAGCAGGCCUCGCGAACGGUGUGGCGGAUGGUCUCUUUAAUUGGGCGGCUUGGCCAACGGGAAACACUGAUAUGAACACCUAUGUCGACGCCUCUUAUAUUGAUUUCCUUGAGGGAAAGCCAUAUAUGAUGCCAAUCUCUCCCUGGUUCUUUACCAACAUGCCAGGCUUCGACAAAAAUUGGGUGUGGCGUGGUGAUGAUCUCUGGUUCGAUCGUUGGGAGCAAGCCAUGUAUCUUGCCCCAGAAUUCAUCGAAAUCAUUUCCUGGAAUGAUUUUGGCGAGUCUCAUUAUAUUGGUCCGAUUCCAUCAUCGGAUUCCUCCUUGGCGGACUCCAUAUACACUGCCUUUGAUACUGGUCAAGCCCCAUACAACUACGUCGAAAACAUGCCCCACGAUGGCUGGCGGGCUUUCCUACCCUGGUUGAUUGAUACAUACAAAAACAAUGUCUCGAAUAUUGAGCAAGAGGGUGUACAAACUUGGUACCGCCUCAACAUAAUCGGUGGAUGUUCGGACGACGGUGGAACUACUGGCAACACUGUCAGUCAGCUUCAGCUUGAGUAUUAUCCUUACCAGGUCUUGCAGAACAAGGUCUUUUUCUCUGCCCUUCUUAUUUCAGCCGCCGACGUCUCCGUUUCAAUUGGUGGAAAUAACCUAGGCGGCCAGUGGGAUAGCAUCCCAAGCGACGGAGCUGGUAUUUAUCACGGAUCUGUUACUUUCGCAUCUGAAGAAGGGCCUGUUGUCGUGAAAGUUACUCGAGGUGGUGCUGAAGUCGCCAGUGUUACUGGUCAGAGCAUUGUAUUUUCAUGCGCAACCACCAAAGCUGAAAAUUAUAAUGCCUGGGUAGGCAGCGCUAUGGCUUCCACAACCGUUGACAUAACACCGAAGUAUUCACUCUCAAAUGAGGUCUGCGUCGAAGGCUGGGGUAUCGGAAACUUUGACGGACUUUGUUCAUUUACUUGCAGUCUUGGCUACUGUCCCGUUGGCGCCUGUCUUUGUAAGAAGAUGGGACCCCAGCCAAAGCUCCCCAAGAGCCAAGGGGUCGUUGGGUACCCCAUUGCCAGUAUGACCGGCGACUACAUUGGAUUGUGUGCCUUUGCAUGCAAUUAUGGCUACUGUCCCAGCUCUGCUUGUGGCACAACCGAGGUUCCUUUGACCGUCAGCACUGUCUCUGCAUUCACCCCAGAUACUUGCACUGGAGGUGAGGGCGAUGGUGAUCUAGCAGGUCUAUGUAGCUACGCCUGUAACUUUGGAUACUGCCCGAUUCAAAACUGCACUUGCACCUCUACUGGGCAAUUAAACGUACCUCCUGCUGCCGACUCCAGUCUUUUUGGUUUCUACUCGGGAAGCGGCUCGGAUAAUGGACUCUGUGAUUUUGCCUGUGAGCGAGGCUACUGUCCGUCACCCACCUGUAUCCAGAGCACCGGCAGUUCUGGCAGUGAUGAUGAUGAAGACGAGGAUACAGUUUGCGAUGAUGACGACACUAGAGCAGAAUGUGCCGAUGACUACUCGGAUGACACGACUGGCUGUGACUACAGCCUCUCCUUCAAGAGCUUCAGUGACCUCAACGCUGCAUCAAACAGCUACACUAAGUUCUGCAAAAACUACUACUCUCUGGGUGUCCUUUCUGAAAUGCUAGACGCAUCUCUUGCCAAUUACUCCAGCAUGAGUGGGGGCUAUGAUAGCGAAUUUAACGAAUACGUCAAAUAUGUGAAGGAAGAAGUCCCCCUCACUUUGGAAAGUUUGAUGGAUGGCGGCGGCGCUGGAAACGCAUUCUUUCAAUGCACCGAAGGCGCUGGUAUCAAAAACAUUUCUACCACCACCUGUCCAUAUCAUAUCAGCUUGAACCACGACUACGAUGCCAACGGCAAGAUCUACUACGACCUGCUCAACGCCACAGACUGGUGGGAUACAUUGUUAUCCAAAUAUGGUCUGCAAAAGAGCUGGGUACAAUUGGGUGACCGUGUCAUCAAGAAUCACUGUGGCCCCAAAUUGAACCCGGACGGGUCUGUCUGUCACGAACAGACCUGGACAUGGGUUGGUUUUCCCCUGGCAGCCGAUAACAUCGUGGUUGACAAUCCAGCCACCCUUGUUGAGAAAUCGCUCCCCAAGAUCCACAAUCUGAUUGAAACCAUUACUAUGACUCGAAUUCUGAUUGUCACCGGUGCCUGGGGUGGUGCUAUUGACGACGUUGUGGUCAGCUUCUCUACCACAGUCUUCACGCUCGUCCAGGCUGUGGCUAACAUGGCCAAGAUCGAGAAAACCGCGGAAAAAUAUGAUUCAGAAAAGAAGAAGAAACUUGCGGAAGAGAUUGUCAUGGCUUUCCUACUCGUUGUUCCCUUCAUAGGCGAGCUCGACUUUAUCGUUGGAGAAAUGGAUGUCCUAGCUGACGUCAUCACGAUGGUUAGUGAUGUAGGUAUGCUGGCUGAUAGCAUCUACAAUGUUGUCACAGCAAAAGAUACUGGAUCUGCUAUUCUUGCGAUAUUCGGCGUGUUACUCGCAGGGGGAAUUCCCACGUUUAGGGAGUUCAAAGAAAUGUCCGGAGCCAGACGGGCCAUGAGUGAUGACGAUAUAUCCAAGAUUGGAGCUGAGUGGAAAGAGGCUGAUGAUCAGAUGAACAAGUUGAUUGACGUAUGCUACUAA